AUGGGCUCCUCGCAGUCUGUUAUCACAGCACUAGAGUCGGUGUUAAAACAAAGAGACAUAAAAAUUGCCCAUUGGAGGCUGAAAAACUUCGUAAAAGAGAUUGAUCGAGUGGCUCCCUGGUAUGUUUGCUCCGGAUCGUUGACUCUUGCCUCGUGGAACAAACUAGGUAAAGACCUCGAUAAAAAACUAAUUGAGGGAGACUUAAGGCAAGGAACAAAGGCCAUUUGGAAGUUGGUUAAACACUGUCUGGAGGAUGAAGCCUGCAAGGCUAUACUGGCAGAGGGAAGAAACGUCCUAGAAGAAGUCCAGGACAGUAUGUCAGAAACUGAACGUACUGAGAGGUUGGGCUCGCGCAGAAAAAAAUUAGCCCCUAUUAAGGAAAAAGGCCUCCCUGGUAAGUCUAAGGAUGAGGGGAUGAAUACUUUGGACCCUAAUGCUCCACAAUGCACCAUGAUAAAGAAAAGUAAGGAGAAUGGCUCUAGCUGGUACCCUCUGCAGGAACUUAAGGCUUUAUGUAUAGAUAGCUUUAAUGACUCUGAUAGCUCUGGGGAUGAAGAUUUAGACCCCGAGAAAGAAGUUGAACUAGAUGAGGAAGCAGCCAGAUAUGAGAAGGAGAGAUGUUAUCCCGAUGAUCUCUUACAAAGCGACAGAGAACAGCUUUACACAGCCUCUUCACAGGUGGUUCCUUCGGCGCCCCCUCCUUAUGAGAUGCGCCCCAGGGCCUUUUCCUUUCUUCCUGAGAAGGUAAAGAGAAAAUUGCGCCUGGCCUACCCCGUCUUUGAAGACGUGGAAGGAGGACGGGUGCACACACCUGUGGAAUAUAGCCAAAUAAAAGAAUUGGUGGAAUCGGUUAGAAAAUAUGGCGUUAUCGCUAAUUUUACCCUAGCCCAAUUAGACAGAUUGGCUAUGACUGCCAUGACCCCGGCUGACUGGCAAAUGGUCACCAAAGCAUCACUUAUUAGUAUGGGUCAAUAUAUGGAAUGGAAAGCCCUUUGGUAUGAAGCGGCCCAGGAGCAAGCCAGAGCCAAUGCCAUGGCUCUGACUCCACAACAACAACAAUGGACGUGCGAUCUCCUAACUGGCCAAGGGCGUUUUACCGCUAAUCAGACUGAUUAUCAUUGGGGUAUAUAUCGACAAAUUGCUGACACGGCCAUUAGGGCAUGGAAGGCACUCUCUAGAAGAGGAGAAGCGAAUAAUCAGCUCACUAAGAUCAUUCAGGGCGUACAAGAACCUUUUUCAGACUUUGUGGCACGAAUGACAGAGGCAGCAGGACGUAUCUUUGGCAAUCCUGAAAUGGCCGCACCUUUUAUUAAACAGCUCAUUUUUGAACAAGCCACCCAGGAAUGUCGCACAGCCAUAGCCCCCAGAAAAAGUAAGGGACUACAGGAUUGGCUUAGAAUUUGCGGAGAGUUGGGAGGUCCCCUCACCAAUGCUGGGCUGGCCGAUGCUAUCUUACAAAUACAAGCCCCCCCCCUUUAA